UAGUGAAAUAUUUUCUACUAUAGACCAUAUACUUUCAGAAUACUUAACCCCACAUAUACUUUUUAUUGAACAUAUUGAGAUGGCUCAGUGUUUAUAUUUUGAUGCAAUAUUGGCUGACUUAACAAUAGUUGAAUUGGAUGAUAAAGACAGGAGUGUAGAAGACCGAUUUAUAGAAAACAUUUAUGAUUCAAAGCAAAUAUUUCUUAAAUCAAUGAUUUCACAAGUUAACCAAGCCAAUAUUAAGGAAAUUUGGCAAAUUACCGACAAAAGACCAG